GGAAGUGUCGAGCUAGCGGACAGCGACCACAUCAGCAGACAGUAAACGCACGACGCGAAAUUAUCGAAGUCCUUUUCUCGAAGUUUCUCCGCGGAAACGUUCGUCUUUCUCUCGGUGUUCUCUCUCCGCGAAGGCUGAGCUGUAAGUCGGCCGCAGUCAUGUACCCGAAGGCGGUGUUUAUCGCGGUGGUUCUGGCGCUGAUUGGCGCGGCAGUCGCGUCAGACUCAGAUGGUUGUUCUUCUCUUACCUCCUGUGAGGCGUGUGAAAAUGCAACUCUGUGUGACUGGGUCAUCUGCUUGACACCAGCAUCAUCUCUUUGUCUCAACAAGACGGUUUCUUUGGACAAAAACUGCACCGUUGCUAACUGCUCAAGUGCCGCUAAUUCAACCCAGACUCCAACUUCUGCUCCUUCAACAACGUCUCAUGCCUCCGUUUCCUCCACCACCUCUCACACCAACGCCUCAGUUUCCACAGUCACACCGAUUCCCAGCAACACAUCCUCCACUUUGAUGCCAAAUACCACCACAGUCCCGCCUCACAAGAACUCAACGUUUGAUGCUGCGAGCUUCAUCGGUGGAAUAGUGCUGGUCUUGGGCCUACAGGCUGUUAUCUUUUUCCUCUACAAAUUCUGCAAAUCCAAGGACCGCAAUUACCACACCCUUUGAAGUGGCUGCACAUUAGGAUCCACAUCGUCCAAGCUUUCCUCUACAACUACACCCUUGUAGAGAAAACGACCCCGCUCAUGAUGGUAGACUCAGGCAGUGUUUCCAGGCAGGUUUCUCCCGACUUCUUUCAUUUUGUGCCACAGUGUUUUAGACCUGCUAUUCCUGUGUAAAAUUUAUUGACUUCCAAUUUUACAGAUUUCCUCUGGUAGGCAUUUAGGUCUUGAGCGUAUGGAUUACGUAAUUUGUUAGCAACCCCCACCUCCGUCAUGCCCUCAGUCUGCAACAAGCAUUUUCCAGCGAAUCGAGUGGGCUUGUUAUUUACAGCCCCUCUGCUCAUACCUUCAGUUAAUUGCGCCACGUGACGGCAAGAGAAUUACUCACAUAUACAGAGUUGAUUUCCUGUUGACUCUUUACAUUUUUACAUUCACAUACAAAAUCCUGAUGGGAAACACUGUUUGAGCUAUUCUUAAAUGUGACAACUGAUGGUUCAAAACUGCUUUUAGUCUGUUUAAUCUGUUUUCUCUCCUCCACACAACUGUUUUGUGUAUAACUGAUCAAAGGUGAUGGAAAAGAAGGAGCAGGGUUACUUACAAGGGAAUAAAAGCAACAUUUAAUCAUCUGA